UAUGUUUCUGCAUGUUUUCCUAGUGUUCAGAUCUUGUUAAAAGUAUCAUAACUAAAAAGACGCAAAUAUAUUUGUAAUACGAUUAUAAUGGCAAUAUACAUAUGUAUGUAACAAAGCAUGUGGAACUCAACUCUCUGCAUCUCGUGUCUGUAAAUUAAGACAAUAUUUAAUAUCACUUGUUAUUUGCAAUAUUUACAAAAAUUUUGCAGGACUUACCGAUUAAAAUGAGUUGCUGCAACAGUGCGAAUGAGCACCAUAGCUAUGGGGAUAUAAUCCCGGUUUUUCUGGAAGAUUUUAAAAAGGAUUUUGAUUGCAAAGACAUUGAGGAUAUUUUGCGAAUAAUAUUAAAAAAAAAAGAAGUCGAUGAUAUUGUGAAAAUGCCCCAUCCAUUGCAAACAUACCGUUUAUUUUGGACGUUACGGAACCAACGAAAGGAAACAGUUAAAAAGUUUGUCGAAGAAGGGCUUAAGGACUCACACGGGCCCAAUUAUGGUUUUCUAAUGUCCGCCAUCCAGAAAGAAUGUAGUGAUCCCAGCUUGAACACUGAAACAUACAUUCAGGAAGUUGAUCGCCUGUAUAAUGACAAUCAAGAAUUCACAAAAUAUAAUGUACCAAGGAUUGAACCACACUUGGAACUGCAGAAGGCCUUGCUUGAGCUGAGGCCGUCGAAAAAUGUUGUAGUCGAAGGCGAUCUUGGAGCUGGCAAGCAAUGGCUUGUUUUAGACGUGUGUUCCUCGUACGUUGUGCAACGGAAAAUGGACUUUAAGAUAUUUUGGCUAGACGUGCGAAGUUGCCUUUGCCCAGAGAGUCGUUUAGAAAUGCUGCAGUCAUUUCUUUACCAAAUUGCCCCCAACUUGUGCAGUUACUGCAAUCAAAGCGUGCCAUUACGCAUCGAAAGUGUGCAAACUCAGCUAAGAAAUAUACUUAAAAAUAAGUCUUACAAAAAUUGUCUACUGGUUUUACGCAAUGUUCAGAACAAAGAAACGUGGCAAGCCUUUAACUUAGGAUGCAAGAUCCUACUGACCACCCGGGACAAGAGCGUAGUUAAUUUUUUGUCGCCAGUAACUACAACUCAUGUCACUGUCAAUGAUGUCCUUACACUAUCCGAGAUGGAGUCUUUAUUUGCAAAGUAUCUUUCUGAAAAUCUACACGAUUCGCUCGGGGACUUAACGGUAGCACUUUAUCAACAGCAAAUAAGAAAUCCCCUUCAACUGAGUGUAAUCGCAGAAAGCAUACAGGAUGGCCUUUGUACAAUUGACAAUUGGAAACAAAUAAACUCUGCCAAAUUGACUACUAUAAUUAAAACCUCCUUAAAUGUAUUGGAGCCUAAGGACAGACAACUAUAUGAAGCUCUAUUUAUAUUUCCUGACUGCGCCCAUAUACCUAUUAAUCUAUUGGGCGCCGUUUGGUCAGUUACGGACCCGAUACACGUCGUCAAUAAAUUAAAUAAGUAUUUUUUGGUAAAAAAACAUAAAGAUAAGCAGAAUCGAGUGACGAUAACUCUACCUAGCAUAUAUAGAGAGCUAAAGUUACCUAUUAAGAAUGAAGCUGUAUUAAACAGGAAAAUUAUUGAUUAUUACAACAUCCCUCAAGUUUUUGACAAUUUCAAUGGCCUGACUUUACCUCAUCUGGACAACUAUUUUUAUAGUCACAUUGGCGACCACUUAAGCAAACUCAAUAACAGUCUCGAGAAAAAGAGUUUAUUUCGAAAAAUAUUUCUUGAUUUUCGUUUUCUCGAUCAAAAAAUACGUAACGACUCUACGCCUUGGAAUGCUCGAGGAUCUGUUCUACAUACUCUGCAGGUUCUAAGGUUCUACGGAGAGCAGAUAGCUGAUAAUGAUCUCCUUUGUACUCUUAUGGAUUUUUUGCUUAAUGCCGAGGAAAAGUUAAUAAGAUCGGAAUUUACUUGCUUGUUGCAAAUUGCAUUAAUGACUGCGGAAGGCGCGCUUUAUGAUGAAGCGUAUCGACAAGCGCAACUUUUUCCUAAUUAUGUAUGGUUUACAGAACGUGGGCGGUUCAACCAACAUCGUCAAAUUAUUAAUUUGGGUGACAAUCAAGUGCGGCAUGCAAUUUAUCUGGACAAUGACUAUUGUCUGAUGGCAUUAAGCAAUCAGCAGCUAUUGCUAACUGAUGUGUCAUUAGAGGGAGAUAUGACCUAUCUGUUAAGCGAUGAAAACAAUCCCUGUGAUAUUAUCGAGAUGCGUGUGUUUAACAACCAGUCGCACCUCCUAACACUGUACAGCAACGGAUGUUUAAAACUGUGGUCGCUACAGCAGUUGCUUCACCGUAGCUGUGGCUGUGAAAGACCACAACUUGCCCAACCACCUAAACAUUCGAAAUCAUUCUGCAAUGUGCAGUUUGUAAAUAGCGCAGUUCAACGUUUGACUAAUACCCACGCGGAUCAAAAUGUGUCAUCGUUUUUUCUUGAUGAGAAAGAUAAGAUAGAAAAUAGUUUUAUUCAACUUCAUGUGGCCUUUACCAACGGAGAUAUUUGCAUAUGCGACUGGGAUAAGAAGGAAGAAAAAUUUAAGCAAUCGCAUACACCGAUUCUAAAGACACAGCAGCGACACGUGAGAUGUUUUUCAAAAGUUUUGGAUCGGUAUUAUGUUCUGUGCACAGGUGAUUGCACAUUAACUGUUUGGGACCUGCUCCGCGGAUCAAAAGAAACGGAACAGAUGUUUCAAACUGAAGAAGCGCUUACAAUGCAAACUUAUAUUGAUAGAUUCGAUGAUGGCAGCCUUCAUACAAUGUUGUUGUUAAUAUUUAAAUCUAGCGUCUGGCGACUUAGAUUCAAGCACGCAGAAAGAAACACUAUUAAUCCUCUAAAUCAGGAAGCGUUAAAAUUUUCGGAUAUAGGCGCAGUAUCUAUAACAUGUGGCAGACUAUCCAAAGACGGAUGUUAUCUUGUUCUUGGAACAUUGGAGGGUCUCAUUGUGUACGAUUUGAAGUUGUCCGAACCCGUUCUGCGUAGCAACGUCAGCGAGCACAUUGUUUGUUUGGAUGUCUAUGAUUUGAAUGAUCCUAUAUUGAAGUACAUUGUUUUAUGUGGUGCUGCUGGCAAAAAUGUUUUACACUUGCAUACCUUGCGAAACGUUCCAGGAAUUGACAAACAUGCUAUAACAUGGAUUCACAAUGCUAAUAGAGAACAAUUUGAACCAAAUGUAUACCUGCGCCCGCUCUUAAAAAUGAUCGAUGACGGCACGCUAUUCAUCGUAGACUCAAAAUCACGUAUUUAUCAAAUACCAACAGAAUUUGCCAAAAAGCAUAGUGGCGCUUAUUGGUCAACAAUUUCAACACCACCGAUGGAUGGGAACAAGCACAUCACUGCUUUACACGUUUCCAAAAAUAAGACUAUUUAUGCCGGAUAUAAUAAUGGUAAAAUUUUCAACAUUACCGAAAACAAAGAGCUACUACACGAGUAUACGAUUGAUAAAAUCGACUAUAUAAAGAAGAUUAAUUCGAAUAUAUUAAUUGUGUCAUCUCGCAGUAAAUGCAUAACUUUAAUUUUCGAUUUGUCGAUACUAGAGAGUAAAACAACAUUAACCUCAAUUUGGGCGGUCAAUUUUGGGAUAUAUACAAAGUAUGCGCGACUUUUUGACGAGCACUUUCUGCUUAUAUUUUCAGAGGAGUGUAUUUUUUAUAUAGAUUUGUUAAACCCUAAACUACAACACUUUGACGAACUUAAUGGUAAUUUGGUCGGAUUUGAUCUGAAAGAUAAUCUUCUAUUUUUAGCUUUUAGAGACGGAACAAUAAAGAUUUGCGAAUUAAGCACCACAACCACCGACAAAGUAUAUUGUCAACUACUCUGCAAAGAAAAUAUAAAAAGUCAAUCAAUAAUUAAUAACCUCACAGUCACAAAUGAUGGUAAAAUACUUUCCAUUGGAUUUUAUAAUGGACACAUUAAGAUUUACACAUAUGAGAAAUUUCGGUUACAACAUAUAUAUACAAUAUCACAGGGACAUGAGCCCGGCCAUGUAAUGAAACUGCGUUUCUCGCCGUGCAAACAGAUUCUUGUUAGUUGUGCGGAACAAUUGUGUUUUUGGAACGUGCAGCAUAUACUUAACAAUCGGGUGACUUCUUAUCGUCGCAACAUGAGAUUUAGACAGGGGCAGUCACACUCUCAUGCCGAGGCUCGGGAGGAAGUCGACGCAGCUCCUUGUUUGGAGCUAUCAGAGGAUCGGAAAGAUGCGAAGCCACCGAUGCCACUUGAUUGCCAUAAGCAUGCAGACAAAAGCAAAGCACAUCUUUGGAGAGAUAAGCAGGGUAACGCUAAAUUGCCAGAGCUGCUAGCGUGUAUCAAAUAUGUAGGAAACGUGGCUCGUCAUUUCUAUGCGAGUGGCGACUUCACACAAUUUUUUGCGUUAGACGACGAGGGUGUGUUUUAUCACCUUAAGGUACUGGAAUUUUCAAGCCCCAAUAAACAGGCGAUUGCGGCUACACAACUCUUGCGUGAAGUAGAUCAUCAAACUAGUAUUAAUCAGACUGAAAUGCCAAUACCGCGUAUCGAUGAUAUGGAUAGACAAGAUGACGAUGGCAUCGAUGUCGUUGGAAAUUUCCCUUUAUUUCCAUUUACAUCUGCAGCCACUGCACAAAUUGACUAUGAACCGAACGUCAUUUGACGCCGAUUGUGUGCCAUAUUUUGGCACACACAAAACGGUUAUCGACUUUACCAAAUCGCAUUAAUAGGAUUAUUACUAUAUUAUCUAGUGAUAUUAGUGUUUUAUUGCGUCAACUUGCUUUUAAGCACAUGACUGUAUUAUCCUGUAAUUUGAAUAAUGGCAACAGUUUAUUCUCUAAAUACAAAUCAAAGCUAGCGCGAUGCAUGGUGACAGGCAUUGAUAAAAAAGUUUGAUUAGAAGGUUUUUUUUUCAAAACAAAAACGAUAAAGUUAAGACUUCUGAUUAACAUAUAUGUUGAUAGACAUUUACUAAAAAAUCGAUUCAUUCGAGCUUUUUUUUAAACCAACCCACAGAACAAAUUUGACCCAUUUAUGUAAAUCCUCCUUUUAUUCAAACGACAAUAGAGACGAUUUAUUAAAUUUAGGCUCUAGAGCAAGUUUUAAGAAAAAAUUCUUAGUUUUUAUUCAAUAAAUAAGAUGAAAACUUACAAAUUAUUCUAAGGAAACUUCAAAAGCCUGCGUCUAAUUGUUAUUAGCGGCAAACUUCAAUGAUAUUUGGAAACUAGUUAGUAAAUGAUCUGAAAAAAGCAUUUGAAGACAAUGAAAAUGUUAGGGGUUGUGAUAAUAUGCAAUGCAAAUACGUGUAUGAAUAUGGUUUUUUAAUUAAAUGCAGCUUUGGCGGACAUGAUGGAUUUAAAUUAUUUGGUUUGUUAGUUGUCCUACAAAAACAGAGCUUGUCAGUUAUUUAAUCAAUAGUAACUGGAGCUUUGGGGAAAUAGUUUAUAUAUUUGUUUGAUGACAUUUGGAUAUAUAUAAAAUUUCUCGUUUUAAUAAUAUAUAAUGCCGAUUGCUAAAUGUCUGCUAGUUAAAAGAACUAUA